GUCUAGUGGUUUGUUUACAUCUUUUCCCGCCAUAUUCACAAGCCCCGAGCAGGCACAGGCACGCAGGCACGGGCACCCCUCGUUGAGAGCCAAAAACCAAGAGAGGAAUAGUUAAAGGUCACAAAGAAAGGAAUAUCAAGCUGUGAAGGUCUAAGAAUCCAUACAAAGCGUCAAAGGUCUACCGAAGAGGGAGGCCGAGGCAGGCAGCAGAAGCUUCGUAGCGGGCUGGACUCCAGAAAACAAGAGAAAAAAGGCACAGAAAGGGAGAUCAAGCUGUGAAGACCUAGGAAUCAAUACAAAGCGUCAGAGAUCCACAUAGAAGGAGGACAGUGGACGAGGCAGGGCAGCAGAAGCACCAUCGUAGUGGGCUGGACUCUGGAAACUACGAGAUCAAAAUAGUUUAAAGGUCACAAAGAAAGGAAGAUCAAUCUGUGAAGACCUAAGAAUCGAUACAAAGCGUCAGAGAUCCACCGAAGAGGGAGGACGAGGCAGGGCAGCAGGCGGCACCGUAGCGGACUGGACUCAGGAGUAGAACAGGCUGUGAAAUAAAACUUCCAGGAUGUAUGUGAAGGUUAGAACCAUGGACGGCUCCCAGACCGUCGUCCUCACCAUCUCCAAGCUGACGAGCAUCCAAGACUUCCGAGCCAUGGUGGAGGAGAAGCUGAACGUGGCCAAGGAGCGCCAGCGACUGUUCUACCGCGGCAAGCAGAUGGAGGAUGGCUACAGUAUGUUUGAUUACAACAUCAACAUCAAUGAUGUCAUCCAGCUGAUGGUGAAGCCAGUUUUGUCUGAGAGCAACACCAACACUCCCACCAAGCCUGUGUCUGCCAAACAAGAAGGGGAAGGCAAAGAGAAUGCUCAGGCCAGCUCUGAGUCAGCUGGCAAGAGUGAGAAGGAGAGCGAGUACUACCGGGUGGGGGACUUGGUUGAUGGCAAAUCCCUGUAUGAUGGCACCUGGUGGGAGGGGAAGAUAGCCAAGAUAACACCCAACCCCAGCGCGGAACUCUUGGAUGGGGAUGACGGCUUCCUCUAUCAUUUUGUGGAUGAGAGGUAUGACUCAGAGCCUCCCUCAGAAUUGCUGCUGAAGCACAUCCGGCCGCGCUCCUACCAUAAGCUGUCUCUGGAGGACCUACAACCCGGAGACAUAAUCAUGGCCAACUACAAUCUUGAAGAUCCCGACCAAAGAGGCCACUGGUUUGACUGCAAGGUGACUAAAGUUGUCAACAGCAGGACGCAGAAAGAGUUGGUGGCCGCAGUGCUUGUUGGGGCAGACUGCUCACCAAUGGAGGACUGCCACAUCAAACUAGUGGAUGAACUGUUUGCUGUGGAAAAGAACAUCAAGCUUACUGAGCGAACUGAGGAUAUGGAGAGGCUGGUGGCCCACGGCUCUCCCUCCAAGAGAAAGAAUGCACCUAAUUGCUCAAACUGCAAAGAUCUUCCUCGCCGCAAGUGCAAGGAAUGUGGAUGCCACAAAUGUGGGGGGAAGGAGGACCCCGAGAAGCAGAUCAUGUGUGACGAGUGUGACAUGGCCUACCACAUCUACUGCCUCAGCCCCCCGCUGGAGGCCAUCCCUGACAUGGAUGAGUGGUUUUGUCCACUGUGCAAGAACGAUGACAGUGAGAUUGUAAAAGCCGGAGAGAAAUUGAAGGACAGCAAAAAGAAAGCCAAGAUGGCCUCCGCCAAGGGCAACACCUCCCGCGACUGGGGUAAAGGGUUUGCGUGUGCCGGCCGCCAGAAGGUGUGCACCAUCGUCCCCCAGAACCACUUUGGUCCCAUUCCUGGGGUGGAGGUUGGCACUCUGUGGAAGUUUAGGCUGCAGGCCUCGGAGGCAGGAGUGCAUCGGCCUCACGUGGCGGGGAUCCACGGCCGGGAAAACGAAGGGGCUUAUAGCAUCGUCCUCUCUGGAGGCUACGAGGAUGAUGAGGACAACGGGGACUCCUUCACCUACACUGGCUCAGGGGGCCGUGACCUCUCUGGCAACAAGAGGACGGCAGAGCAGUCAUGUGACCAGCUGCUGACUCGCAUGAACAGAGCGCUGGCCAUGAACUGCAACGCUCCCGUCAACAAGGAUGGAGCUGAGGCCAAGGACUGGCGGGGGGGCAAGCCGGUGCGGGUCAUCAGGAAUGCAAAGGGACGCAAACACUCCAAAUAUGCACCUGAAGAUGGUAACAGGUAUGAUGGAAUCUACAAAAUAGUAAAGUACUGGCAGGACAAGGGGAAGAGUGGCUUCAAGGUGUGGCGUUAUCUGCUGCGAAGGGAUGACCCCACGCCGGCGCCCUGGACCAAGGAGGGCAAGAAGAAAAUUGAACAGCUGGGGCUUGUUAUGCAGUAUCCCGAGGGCUACCUGGAGGCUCAGAAGGAGAAGGAAGAGGCUGCAGCAAAAGAGGAGAAGGAUGCAAAUCAAAACGUUGCUCCCAAAACUCCGAAGGACAAAACCAAAAAGAGAAAAAGAAGUUUGGACACAGAAGCUGAGGUGAAAGAAGAGAAACCAGCCUCAGCAAAGAAGAAGAGAAAGUCUACUGGAUAUAGCGUAGAGAAGGAGGUGGAGGCCCUGAUAGAGCAGGACGCCCAGAACAGUCGACUAUGGGAGGAAUGCAAGGCACAGCUCUCUGAAGGCCAGGCGUACUUCCUGAGCAGUGUACAAGACAAGUUUCUGUGUGUGUGUUGCCAAGAGUUGGUGUUCCAGCCUGUGACCACCGACUGCAGCCACAACGUAUGCAAGACCUGCCUCCAGCGCUCCUUCAAGGCAGAUGUAUAUACCUGCCCUGCCUGCAGACAUGACCUAGGGAAGAAUCAUAAAAUGCAGGUCAAUAAACCACUCAGUGAGGUCCUUCUGGCACUGUUCCCUGGCUAUGCUGCUGCACGCUGAAUCUUAUGGCUAUGCUGCACUGCAUGAUCGUCUCAACAAUGGAGAGAAACAGGAAUUUUGUUACACAUUAGAAACAUUUAUAUUUGGACAUCGGUGCUUCAAGCCAGUACAUCAACGAACACUUUCCUGAAACAUGACUCAUUAGUUUUGUAUGUUCAUAAAACUCAUCCACAAUACAAUACUUGUUUGCUAUUUCCCUCGAUGGUAAGCAGAAACGCCUGGGAUAGUUCCAUUCUCUUAUCCUCAUAGGUUAGCAUACUCGUGUUCAUUUAAAUGUGGAGUGACAGCAGUAAUGAAAGUGUACUGCUGAAGUUUGAAGUGGUAUUGAUGGUAGAUGAUAUGCCUAUAAUAUAUGCUUUAAUUAAAAGAUUAUUAUACUAGUAAGAUUUACAACCGUGCAAAAUAUGUAGUUCUUAUAGUUUUGUGCUGGCUGUUGCUUACCUGAUAGUGUAGAGGAAGUAUUUGAUGUUUUAUCUUUAUUUGAUGAAAUUCAGUUUUCUAAAAUACAGAAUAUUCAUAUCUGGCUGUGGUGCUGGAGUCUAAUGCUUUGUGAAUCGUCUGUUGUAUUGUUUCCUUCAUGGCAAGGCACUCAUUGUAAUCAUCACUUCACCAUAUUCCAUCAUAGCUUGGUACUCAUACAGUGAUCACUGUUGAUUAGGUUCCCCACUGUGAUUUUGUACUCAUGAAAUUACUUCUGUAAUUCAUUGUUUUAAGUUGCUUAAAUAUAUGUAUAUUUAUGAAAAA